CUCCCUUCUCCCCCCCUUCUCUCUCUCCCUUCUCCCCCCCCACUCCUCUCCACUCCUCUCCCCACUCCGCCUUUUGUUUUCGCAGAUAGUCGGCACACAAAGCUAGUCCCAGAUUUGAGCGACGGCGAGGCACCCUGAUGAGUGAGCCUCGGGAGCGCAAUGGAUUUGACUAAGAUGGGCAUGAUCCAGCUGCAGAACCCCUGCCACCCCACCGGGCUGCUGCACAAAGCCAACCAGAUGCGCCUGGCGGGGACACUGUGCGACGUGGUCAUCAUGGUGGACAGCCAGGAGUUCCAUGCUCACCGGACAGUGCUGGCCUGCACCAGCAAGAUGUUUGAGAUCCUCUUCCACCGCAACAGCCAGCAUUAUACCCUGGACUUCCUCUCGCCAAAGACUUUCCAGCAGAUCCUGGAGUACGCAUACACCGCCACACUGCAGGCCAAGGUCGAAGACUUGGACGACCUGCUCUACGCCGCCGAGAUCUUGGAAAUUGAGUACCUGGAGGAGCAGUGCCUGAAGAUCCUGGAGACCAUCCAGGCCUCUGAGGACAACGAUGCCGAGGUCACCAUGGCCGAUGGAGGCACUGCUGCUGCCACCGAGGAAGAGGAGGAGAGGAAGUCAAAGUACAUCAAGGGCCUCUUCGUCUCCAAGCCUGCUGGCGAGGAGAGCAGCUACACUGGUACAGCUGGCCAGAGCCUGCCAGCGGCCACGGCGGAACAGAGCGCCUCCGCUUCCUUUGGCCCCCUCUCCGCCAUGAGCCCCACCAAGGCAGCAGUGGACAGCUUGAUGACCAUUGGGCAGUCGCUGCUGCAGGGCACCCUGCCGCCCACCGCCUCUGAGGACUCACGCCCUGCUGCUGCCACCCGCCGCCCCCCCAGCCUCACGGAGGUCAAAACUGAAGUGAUGCAGGUGGACGAGGCUUCCAGCCAUGACAGCCCUCGGAUGGCCGAGCCCGGUGCCUCCGGCGGGGAGAAGCCUGAUGAGAAGGGCAAGGAAGGGCCCGGCACCCCAACCCGCGGUAGUGUCAUCACCAGCGCCCGUGAACUGCACUACGCCCGCGAGGAGGGUGCCGAUCUGCCCGCCGAGCCCAGCCAGGGGCUGCCACUGGGGCCGGAGCCAUCCGCCGCCACCCAGGGCGAGAAGCCCCUGGGCAUCUACUCCCUGCUGCCCAACCACAAGACUGAGCCGGUGCUCGGCGUGCCGCCCUCCGUGGCGUCUGCCCUGCACGUGCAGCCGGCCUUGGCUGUCUCGAUGGACUUCAGUGCCUACGGGGGGCUGCUGCCCCAGGGCUUCAUUCAGCGGGAGCUGUUCAGCAAGCUGGGGGAGCUGGCGGCCGGCAUGAAGACGGAGAGCAGGGCCCUGGGUGAGCAGUGCAGCGUGUGCGGGGCAGAGCUGCCGGACAACGAGACCCUCGAGCAGCACAGGAAGCUGCACAGCGGGAUGAAGACUUACGGAUGCGAACUGUGCGGGAAGCGGUUCCUGGACAGCUUGCGGCUGCGAAUGCACUUACUGGCUCACUCAGCGGGCGCCAAAGCCCUGGUCUGCGAUCAGUGUGGCGCUCAGUUCUCGAAGGAAGAUGCCCUGGAGACACACAGGCAGACGCACACGGGUACAGACAUGGCCGUUUUCUGCCUGCUGUGUGGCAAGCGGUUCCAGACGCAGAGCGCCCUGCAGCAGCAUAUGGAGGUGCACGCCGGGGUGCGCAGCUACAUCUGCAGCGAGUGCAACCGCACCUUCCCCAGCCACACCGCACUCAAGAGGCACCUCCGCUCCCACACAGGUGACCACCCCUAUGAGUGUGAGUUCUGUGGCAGCUGCUUCCGGGACGAGAGCACGCUGAAGGGCCACAAGCGCAUCCACACCGGUGAGAAGCCCUACGAGUGCAAUGGCUGUGGCAAGAAGUUCAGCCUCAAACACCAGCUGGAAACCCACUACCGGGUCCACACAGGUGAAAAGCCCUUUGAAUGCAAGCUGUGCCACCAGCGCUCCCGGGACUACUCGGCCAUGAUCAAACACCUUCGGACCCACAACGGCGCUUCCCCCUACCAGUGCACCAUUUGCCUGGAGUACUGCCCCAGCCUCUCCGCCAUGCAGAAGCACAUGAAGGGCCACAAGCCGGAAGAGAUCCCCACCGACUGGCGGAUAGAGAAGACCUAUCUCUACCUCUGCUACGUCUGAGGGAGGAGGCACAGGGGCGGCGGGGCCAAGUGGCAAAGGACUGGGCAAAAAAAACCACCAAACCCGCAGCGUCCACAGCCUUGUUUGUUUUCAGUUCUCGUUCAUUGCUUCUCGCCGGAAGGAUCCUGCAGCUCGCGCCGGGGCGGAGGGAUGCACUCGCCCCUUUGCCAGCCCCAUCUGCGCCCCCUCCCCGGCUGCUCAGGCUGCUUGCACCUUGCCACGGGGCAGCUUUCACCCCUUGCAGCCCCCAGGUAUUUGGUUCCCAGUCAGCCCCUCUGUCACCACCGGCGCUGCCAGGAAGAUCGGGUAGAAACGACAUGCUUCCCCGAAAGCACACACAUGGCCGGUGCUUUGGGCAGGCUUUAAUUUCUGGUGUGCUCUGUCACCGCAUAGACCUCACCAUGGAUGCCCUGCUGAGGAGACCUGAGCCUCACACGUGGGACACAGCUCCAUGUGGGGCUCAGCCCCUGUUUCGGGAGGGUUCCCACACUCCUGGGCUGCAGCAUUGCAGGUGGGAGAGCACCGGCGUCCAGCAAGCCAUAAGUGCUUUGGCAAGAGCAUCCCCCGGGGGGGUCCCAGCUGGAGGAGGGUGUUUGGGGCAGGGAAGCGCGUGCGAGCCAGGCUGCUUCGCAGUGCUGCCCCAUGGUGCUGCCCCACAGUGCUGCCCGGGGUCUGGGCGGGUGCGAGGGGUGCCCGCAGGCUGCCGCCCUCCCCCUGACCAAAGACCUCUCUAUGCAUUUCCCCUUCCUUCCCUGCCUUCCCAGGGGGCAAGAACAAAGCCUCCCAUGGGGAGAUGCAGCCGGUUUGGUGAUGUGUGGUCAAUGCUAGUGCCAUGGCAUUGCUCUGAAUGGGGGGAUCCUGUUCUUUUCUGCUAAUUUGGGGUGCCUGGAAGGUGCCAAGCGUGGUUUUUUGCCCAGCCCUCAUCUGCAGGAGCACAUAAGCGAGGGAUGCCCAGUGGCAGGCAGCUUCGCUCGCCGCUUUUUUUGCUUUUUGUUUGUUUUUUUUUGAACUUUCUUUUGGAAUAUUUCCGCGUUUAGCACAUUUUACUUGAAAUUACCUCGGUUUUUUGUGACCUCAUGAGCUUUUAUUGAUUUUGGGGGGACGGGGGGCGGUGUGGCCGGGAAGGCACGAGCCACAUGCUCGGCGCUGGCGGUGGAGGGGUGGUGUGGUGGCAGCAUCCCUGCCGGCCUCCCGUUGUGCAUUAUCCUUACCAAAACUGGUAUUUGUUGCCUGGCCCCACGGGGCCGGGGGCGUCGGUUCUGAAGCUACCUCUUGUGUUUGUUUAUGUUGUGUUUCUCCUUCGCGGUUGUGGAAGCAGGCUCCGUGGUUUCCAUCCUGUGCGGUGCUUGCGGCCACGGCUGCUUUUUGUCAUUUUGCUGUGUUUGGGUAAAAAAGGGGGGAAAAGAGUAGGGGGGUGCGGGACGGUGUCUGGAUGGGGUUUGGAGGGAUGCUGAUGGCCCCUCUUGGUUUGGGAUGCCUGUCCCACCAGAGCCCAUCCCACCAGAGCCCAUCCCACCUCUCCUCCUGCCCAGCAGGGAUGCGGUUGCAGGAGCAGCAUCCUCCCUCGCGCCCUGGUCCGGCUUUGCACGCACGUGUGCCUCUGCGUGCAGGACCUUUGCUGCUCCGCGUGGGGUGGAGGCCGCUGUUGUACAAUCCGGGAUGUGACGGUGGAGAACGGCUUGUUUAAUUGUUGUGCCUAAGAAAAAAAAAAAAGAAAAAGUAUUAAAAAAAAGCAAAACAAAACAAAACAAAACAAACAAAACCAGUUCUUUCACAUGGAAAGUUGCUGCAAUUUCUGGCACGUGUGCAGUAGCUCCCUGUGGUGCACCAGCACUGCUGGCCAUGGGUGCCAUGGUGCCAUGGAGCACACGGCCGAGCUCAUGUGGCUUUUUUUUGCUUUAACCUCCCCUCCCAUCCCCUUUCCUCCUCUUAGUGCUGCAGCCUCCCAGCUGUGCCAGCGUUGGGAUUGAAGUUGGAGCGGUGCCAUGGGCACCUGUCCCCACACCUGUUUGCCAUGGCGCAGCUGGCCGUGGCACAGCCCACGCCACCCCUCCAUAUAUAUAAAAGUAUAUAUAUGUGUAUCGUAGCAGUGAGGACCAAGCGCCCCGCAGGGCCCCGCAGCCCCGGGCUCCCUCUCCCCUGGCUUGUCGUCAGUGUCGUGAGCGCCCGCCUGCCUGUCCCAUUGCUCUGUGUUGCCGCUCGUGGUUCGGGUCCGUCGCUGUCCUCGUUCCGUCUACCUCAGCACCUCUCUGAGCCCGGGCGCAGAAGGUGCCCAAGUUCCCCUUUGAUUUUCUCAGAGUAUCUAUCGGCUCCUAUUUUUUGUACAACUUCCUCCUUCUCCCCUUGCCGUUCACUCCCUUGCGGUUCUGCUUGCGAGUCCUCUCUGUCCUCUAGCCACAGAUGCCGUUAGCUAAAAGUUUCCUGAAAAAUAAAGAAAAAAAACAAAAACAGUUGUGGUGUCUCCUAGUUGCAGCUCUCUGCAUCUGCCUUCGUCCUGUGUAGAUUCAGAUGCAUUUCUUUGUAAGACUUCAGUGUUUCUGACAGAGGAAAAAAAAAAAGACAAAAAAAAAAAAAGAAGAAGAAUAUACUGCUGCAGUUUUUUUUCUCUCCAUGUGUCACUAAGUGAAGUUCGUGCCUUCUAUAGCAAAGAGAAUAUUUUUUACAUCCUACUAAUGGUAGAUUUUUUUGUAGUGAACAUUUUUUGUAUUUUUAUUUAUAAGUCUCAUAAGGAAAAUAGCAAUGUUCAGUUGUAUACCUUGAAUCUGCAGUUAGAAAAAAAAACAAACAACCAAUAAAGGUAAUUCCGUUGUCUCG